CGGAACCGGAAGUGACUGCAGGCGGCAGGAACAACGGAACCAGAGUGCAGAGGCAGCGGCGGCGCGAGGAAGGCAGGACUGCAAAGGACCGGGAGGCCACCGCCACCAUGAGUCUCCUAAACAAGCCCAAGAGCGAGAUGACCCCUGAGGAGCUGCAGAAGCGGGAAGAGGAGGAGUUCAACACCGGACCCCUGUCGGUGCUCACCCAGUCGGUGAAGAACAACACCCAAGUUCUUAUCAAUUGCCGAAACAACAAGAAACUUCUGGGACGAGUGAAGGCCUUUGACAGGCACUGCAACAUGGUCUUGGAGAAUGUGAAGGAGAUGUGGACGGAGGUACCCAAAAGUGGCAAAGGCAAGAAAAAGUCAAAACCAGUGAACAAAGAUCGUUACAUUUCCAAGAUGUUCCUGAGGGGGGAUUCGGUCAUCGUGGUCCUCAGGAAUCCACUCAUUGCUGGCAAGUAGCGGAGCCAGAGCCUCCCCUCCCACCCCCAUACUUGGCUCAGCCCAAUAAGGCUGAGGGGUCCACUAGUUUUACCUUUUGUGAAUAAAACCUUGCUGUUUUUUCUUC